AUGUCUACAAUCGCAUUAAACCCUCCACCAGAAAUUAAAAAGAAACCAAUUUCCUUCUCAAACAUACUAUUAGGGGCCUUCUUAAAUUUAUGUGAAGUUAGUACCUUGGGUCAACCAUUGGAAGUCACCAAAACUACAAUGGCUGCCAACCGUGAGUUUACAUUCAUGCAAGCUAUCAAAACGGUUUGGAGUCGUGGUGGCGUUUUCGGAUUUUAUCAGGGUUUGAUCCCAUGGGCAUGGAUUGAAGCAUCUACAAAGGGUGCUACUUUACUAUUUGUUUCCGCUGAAGCCGAAUAUCUAUUCAAGAAAAACUUGGGUUUUGGUAACUUUGCCAGUGGUAUCAGCGGUGGUAUCACUGGUGGUGUCGCCCAAGCUUACUUAACCAUGGGAUUCUGUACCUGUAUGAAAACUGUUGAAAUCACUAGGACUAAAUCUGCUGUUAGUAAAUCAUCUUGGGAAAUUUUUAAGGACAUUUAUAGAAAAGAAGGUAUUGUAGGUAUUAAUAAGGGUGUUAAUGCUGUUGCUAUUAGGCAGAUGACCAAUUGGGGUUCCAGAUUUGGUUUAGCCAGAUUGGUUGAAGAGGGUAUUAGAAAAUUUACUCACAAAGAUGAAAACGAGAGAUUAAACGGUUACGAAAAAAUAUUGGCUUCUGCAGUUGGUGGUGGUUUAAGUGCUUGGAACCAACCUAUUGAAGUCAUUCGUGUUGAAAUGCAAUCCAAGAAGGAAGAUCCAAACAGACCUAAAAAAAUGAAUGUUGUCACUGCUUUCAAAUAUAUUUAUAAAACUAAUGGUUUGAAAGGCUUAUACCGUGGUGUUACUCCCAGAAUCGGUUUAGGUAUUUGGCAAACUGUCUUUAUGGUUGGUUUCGGUGAUAUGGCUAAGGAGUUUAUUGCCAAUUUAACUGGUGAAACACCAACAGGUAAGCAUUGA